AUGUUCUGUGUGACAUGGUUGUUGCAGAGGACGAUCAGGGCAGCAAGCGGACCUCCAAGUUUAACAGAAUGGUGUAUCAGAAGCAUAUCCGAGAACAUGCACUGUUACACCUCAUUGGACGGGAUUCCGAAUGAGAUGGUUCAGGCGCUGUUCGACAGUCUGGCAUACAGCAGGCGACUUGAGAAGUCCCACCUCCCCCUCCUUUCAAGAAUCUGCGACGCUUCCUUGUUCGCGUAUCCGCUAAUUGCUGACGACUGGCUGGAAGUCUUGGGAGAGAGCUUUCAUGCCCUUACAAGGUUGGAUAUGAGCAAUUGUAUACACGUCACCGACGAGGGCAUCUCAAGGUUGAGAUCGCUACAAUCGCUGAGGUCCAUCAAGUUGGAGAAUUGUCUCAGAUUAGGAGAUGCCACGUUGGAGGUGAUAGGAGAGCUUUCGUCUCUCUCGCACUUGUCUGUUUCUGCUUGCACCAGGAUGGCUUCGUCCGGUGUGAGCUGCCUUUCGCAGCUAGUGCGGAUGACGGACUUGAACCUCGAGCGGCUGACCAGGCUGGACUCUGAGGGCAUCGAGAGUUUGGAGAAGCUGACGAACCUUCGCAUCCUCAACCUCGGGUGGACGAACGCCGACGACGACAGCUUCGAGAGCUUGCGAAGCCUUCCCCGGCUCAAGAGGCUGAACGUGUGCGCAUGCCCGUUCACGGAGGAUGGGCUGCAGGCCCUCUGCUCCUUGACUCAGCUCGAGAGUCUUCGCAUGUGUUCCUGCAAAGUUGGCGCAACCUCUGCACUGGUGGAGCUCUCGAGCCUGGGGAAGCUGAAGCUGCUUGAUCUCAGCCAGUGCGAGCACGUCGGAGAUCAGACGUUGGAGGCCUUGCGGGGCCUGUCAGACCUCAAGAUUCUUCUCCUGGCACAUACGAGAGUGACAGACAUAGGGUUGGGCUACCUCAGCUCCCUCUGGGAUCUUAAGACUCUGAACCUCGACUGUUGUCACGUGACCAACGGGGGCCUCCAGACGAUCGCGAACCUGACGAACCUGGAGAACCUCGACCUGUCCGACAACGUCGUGACUUCUUCCGGACUCGCCUUGCUGACAGGCUUGACGACUCUCAAGAGUUUGAACUUGUUCUCGACUGGCGUCAGCGAUGCAGGAGUGAUACACGUGACGGGGUUGACUAACCUCGUGAGGCUAAACCUCGACUCUCGGCUCAUCACCGACAGCGGUCUAGCUUGCAUUUCUGGACUCACAAACCUCCAGGAACUUGAUCUCUUCGGAGCUAAAGUCACGCAUCAUGGCACCAUUUACAUCGGGCUUUUGACAAGCCUGACGUCUUUAGAGCUUUGCGGUGGGGGUUUGACAGAUGAGGCGAUGCGAGAGCUGAAGAGACUGACGAGAAUGAGGAAUCUGAAUGUCAGUCAGAACGAGUCGCUCUCCAACGGAUCAUUCAUUCCAAUGUCAAGAAUGUCGCUCUUGACGUCUCUUAACAUCGCUGGAACAAACUUCAGCAGUGAUGGAGCUCGACACCUCACGAUCUUCACUGAUCUGACGUCCUUGUGCUUGAGGUUUGACUGUCUCUCACGCACCUGUUUGUGA